AUGUUGUGCUUCAGUGCUGGUCUUCUCUUAGGGCUUGGGCUGGUAGCCCAAGCUCAACAGACGUUCACCAAUCCCGUCAUUUAUGAAGACUUUCCUGACAAUGACAUCUUCCUUGGCCCCGAUGGGAAGACCUUCUACUGGUCCAGCUCCAAUUUCCACUACUCUCCCGGUGCCCCAAUUCUCCAGUCUACCGACCUUGUGAACUGGGAGCUGAUCGGUCAUUCUCUGCCGAGUCUGGACUUUGGAUCCAACUACAACAUGGAAAACGGCCAGACGGCCUAUAACGGCGGAACCUGGGCCUCCACCCUACGCCAUCGCAAGAGUAACAACAAAUGGUAUUGGAUUGGCUGCAUCAACUUCUGGACCACCUACGUCUACACAGCCCCGGAUGCCAAGGGCCCCUGGCAGCAAUCAGCGAGUUUUCAGCCCUGCUUUUACGACUGUGGGCUCUUGAUUGACGACGACGACACAAUGUACGUGGCCUAUGGAAGCAACAACGUCUCCGUGGCCCAGCUCGCUGCGGACGGGUUGAGCAUCGUCAGGACACAACAAGUGUUCAGCUACCCCGCCGAGUGCCCCGGCGGAAUCGAGGGCAACCGCAUGUACAAGAUCAACGGCCUGUAUUACAUUCUCGACGACUGCCCCGCGAACGGAAUCACCGAGGUCUGGAAGGCCUCCAGCCCCUUUGGACCCUAUGAAAGGAAGAUCCUCAACAACAACAUCGCAUCCCCCAUCCCAGGAUCCGGCUCACCGGUCCAAGGCAGUCUGAUCGAGACUCCGAAUGGGCAGUGGUACUUUAUGUCCUUUGCGUGGGCCUAUCCCCUCGGGCGACUACCGGUCCUGGCCCCCGUGACAUGGGGCUCGGACGGCUUCCCCACUCUCCAAACAGUGAACAACGCCUGGGGCGAAUCCUACCCGUACCCGCUUCCAAAGAACGACAGCGUGCCGUCGUGGAUCGGCGGCGACCAGUUCUGGGGCAGCUCGCUGGGCCCGAUGUGGGAGUGGAACCACAAUCCGGACACGACCAAGUUCUCCUUCAACAACCCCGGACUCACUCUGCAGACCGCCACCGUGACCAGCGACCUGUACCACGCGCGCAACACCCUGACCCAUCGACCGCACGGCCAGUUCCCCGUCGGCACUGUCCUCCUUGACUUCGCCAACAUGGCCGACGGCGACCAGUGCGGGCUGGCUGUCUUCAAGGACCAGAGUGCGUGGAUUGGGGUCGUCCGCAGCGGUAACAGCUACACCGUGACUGCAGUCCAAGGGCUCACCCAGGAUCCGAAUAACAACUGGGCAACGACCAGCACAGGCACCGUGGUUGGGACUGCGUCCGUUUCGACGCGCCGGAUCUACCUCCAGAUCCGCAUGGAUGCGCGUGCGGACGGCCCGAAGCAAUCGACCUUCUACUACAGCACGGACGGGAGCACGUAUUCGCAGCUUGGCGGUGCCUUUACUUCUGAUAGCGGCUGGCAGUACUUCAUGGGAUACCGCAUUGCGAUAUUCAACUUCGCUACGAAGGCGUUGGGGGGUUCGGUUAAGGUCCUCGGCUUUACGAGUUGGACAACCAGCGGGAGUUAG